CUCCAGGUACGCCACAGCUUCACGACCCGCGACAGGACAGCUCGGUCAAAUGGCCUGUCAAGGCCUUGCCUGGCGCUGGCUAUCCCGAGGAUAACUACUCCGGUCGUCCCUACAACCCCGCUGACAUGGCUCGGAGAGAUCCCAGGGAUCAGUGGGCCCAGGAUAGAAGCGACUAUGACCAGCGUCCUCGUGCCGAGGAUUAUGCGCCCAACGGCCAGCCGUAUCCCCGACCCCGUGAGGCCGCAUACUACCCAGAUCAUCGCGAGCACAACCCUGCUGGGGCGCUGGGUGGUCCCUCGGACCUGGCCGAUCGCCGCAAUCCGGCCUAUCUCGCUCACAGUGAUGCCCGCCCCUACGGCCGUCCCGACUCUCAGCCAGAGUAUCCCAAUCCCAACUACAAACCACCGCCCCCUGGCCACUAUGGCUACGGACCCGAAUCUGGUUAUCCCUCCGGAAGCGCCGGUGUAUACGACAAGCGCCCGCAGCAACAACAGCAGCAGCAACAGCAACCUCAGCAGCAACACUACCCAGGCGAUGUCAACCCAGCACGCCAUCCUGGCUACGGGGAGCCUGACCCUGUUUCCAAGCGUCGGGCUUCCGAGUACGAUGCCGAGCGGCGCGGCCCAUUGGAUGUUGACCAUUCAAACAGCCAUGGCCGCCAGCUGCCGCCCGCAGACCCGUACUCUGGAGACUACAACCGCUACCGCGGCCCCGAACCCCCCUCGGGAUACUACCCUCCCCAGACCGUGCCUCAGCACCAUCACCACCACCAGCAAUACCUCUCCAAUCCCGGCGAGUCCUUCAACCGCCCUCCGUCUGGACCUUAUCCAGGCGAUCGCAGCGACCGCCACGCCUAUCCCGAAGCCGCAGCCCCGCGGCCAGGCAUGCCCCCGGCCCCUCGCCCGAGUUCGUCGCAGUAUGCUGCCAGCGCACCCGUCCAUGACAAGCCUGCGUACAACUACCCGCCAAUGGGUCCCGGCGACGCCCCCAGAGGUGCUUAUCCAAGCGCUGCUGCAGGCGGCCAUAUCUCGCCCAGCAACCCGCCGACCAAUGCACAGCCCCAGCAGCCUCCGCAACACGGCACUGGCCACCCCCACCACCUGGGCAAGGACUCGUGGGGACCUGCAGGACCGGCCCAGGCCGAAGGCGAUCAGUACAAGCUCCCGUCACUGCGCGAGUGGACAGAAAAGUCGGGUCUGAAGGAGCAGCGCGCCGCCGCCCCUCCCAACUACCCCGCUCGCCGGAGUGCGUCCUUUUCUCCAACCCACAAUGUCGGUCAUUGGCCUGCCAGCAACCUCGACUCCUACCACCAUAAUGCCCCAGACUCCAGCCGCCCCACUCCUCCAAAGAUGACGCCAAUUGGAACCCACGAAAGUGGCAACUACAUGGGUCACAACGGGCCGGAGGCUUACCCGCGGCCUGUCAGUGUUCCGGGCUCGUUCGAUGCGCGGGCAGCCAAAGGCUAUCCGUCAGAAGGCUACCGUGGUGUGCACCCACCUCCGGAAAGCUAUCGCCGACCCAGCGCUGACGAGGGCUACGGCCGAUCCGCUGGCCACGCCCCGGCGCCAGGCUUGGUGCGCAUGGACGACCGCGAUCCAGGGCAUCCUCAGGAUGGCUAUCCGUCCAACGCCGCAAACUCCUCUGCGACCCCCAACAACAUGGGCGAAUCUUACCCACGCGGCUACCCAACCGCUCAGGCCUCAUACUCUGGAAACGUAAGUGUUGUGCUGCCCACUGGUCCGGAUUCCACUCAUGUCUUGGCUGAUGGGCACUCCCCAUGCUCACCAGAUGACUCUGAGGCUCUAAUUCGCGGCUCACCAUCGCCUCCAGAUGCCUGAUCUGUCGUACAACCACCCGGCGAGACAUUCAAGUGCUCCCCACGGCUACCACUGAGCGCAGCCGACUUUGGCCACAGUAGCCUAUUCGAGAUCCCGUCCAACGGGAGAGAAGUGAUUCACGACCAUAUGCGACUGCUGACGGACCGGCUCCCGAGGCCUGAUCUGCUCACUUCGCCUCCAUUAUUUCUUUUUUUCCAUUUUCUUUAUUCCAUCCAAAUCACAUCUCUAUCAUU